AUGCCACGAAUAGAUACUACUAUUGUUACUAGCAGUAAUAAUAAUCAUCAUAAUGUCAUUGAAAAUGAACCAAUACCUUUAAAAGUGCUUGCUAUUGGUUCUGCAUACGAAGAUACUAUAUUGUAUGUUGAUAAGUUUCCUCCUGAGUAUGGUAAACAAAGAGCUCAAAGAGUUGAAAGAAGAAGAGGUGGGAAUGCUGGUAACACCUUAACUGUUUUAUCACAACUCCCUUUAACAACAUGUCAUUUUAUGGCCUCUAUGGCUUCAAAAGAAGCCUCAAUCAUAGAUGAAUUAGCAUUUGAUGAAUUCAAAAAUAAAUUUGAUUUAAUUUGUGCUGAAGAAACAAUAUUCAACAUGUCAAAUUAUAAUUAUGAGGUAGAAGAUGAAGAUGGAGCACCUUUUAAUUGGAUUCAUUUUGAAGGAAGAAAUGCACAAGAAGUAUCAAAAAUGAUUGAUUAUAUUGACAGUAAGGAUUGGAGGUCAAGGGCAAUUGUUAGUGUCGAAUUAGAGAAACCUUACCGUAAAGGCUUGGAAAUUUUGAUGAAUAAAUCAGAUGUUUUAUUUUUCUCAAAAGUAUUUGCUGAAGGCAAAGGCUAUAUUAAUCCUAAUGAUUUCUUACAAAUAAUAUUAAAUUGA